AUGGGGACAUGUGCACAAUGUAACUCAAAGAUUGAAAUUAUUGAGAGUGAUCCUUUGAUGUCAAAAGAAAGUGUAUUUUAGAAAUUAAAAGAGCUAAAUCAAAAUUCAAAAUCAACAAUUUUUCUGACAAUGAGAAGUAAUAAAAAGACUGGUAAUGAUAAUUUGGCUGAUCAAUCUUCUUAAGUUAGCGAAAUUAACGAUGAAAGAUCAGAGAUGAAAUAUAAUAUACAUGGAAGUGUCAAAUUAAGAAAAAGGACGUAUAGCUUUUAAGAAAAGCAGAUGUUAUAGACACAUGGCCACAUUAAUGAAUAACAUGAUUCGCAAAAGCUUAGAUGUUUUAGAUUUACAGAUCCAAACCUCCCAAGAAACCUGUCAAAUUCAUCAAGUUCAAAUAGUUAGUUUAGAGAAUUCAAUGCUCAUUUCAAAAUUGGUGAAAAAUCAAUAAUUGAAUCUGACGAAAGCAAAUCAAUAAAAAGUAUUUUAAAAAAAGAGCCCAGAUAGAAGAGUGAGACAAAGUCAGUUCAUUUUGCAAAAAAUAUCAGUAUGAGUUAAACUAGAAUUACAUCUAAAUCAUGUCAUCAUAAACAACAUAAAAAGAAAAAGAAAAAACAAAAGCAAAAACAAAUUUGCAAUUAAAAUUAAAGAUUUGAAAAUUAUUAAUUUUGA